AAGUUUUUGCAUGAGUGAUUUCGGAAGCGGAGGCGCCAAACGAAACUUUCCCGGCAAACCCCGCGCGCGCGAACAUUCAAAUAGCGACUUCGAUCUAAUUUGGAUUCCACAAUCUCCUCCUCCUAUUCUCGCCAUUUUCAGCUCCCUAAUCCCUUCAAAAUGCAAACGCCAAAUCCUAGUUAACGUCGUGUUUGGGAUCCAAACCCACAAAUGGACGUUUUCGAGUUAGCCAAGAAACUCGCUCUCUCCGACUCCAAACUCGUCGUCCAGAAAGCGGCGGAGCUCCGCCGCCUCUGCGACGUCCAGUUCGAUUCCUCCGUCAUCGGAGUCGGCGAGGUCGCGAAGUCUCUCAUAUGCUUGGAAAUCGCCGCCACGAGGCUCGGCGUUAUCUUCGACCGAUCCUCUGCGGUGAGGCUCAGCGGAAUGUCCGAAAGAGCCUACAUCAGAUCCUACAACUCGCUCCACAACGGCCUUGGCGUCAAGAUGAAGAUAGAUGUGAGGGAAUUGGCGAUUCAGUUCGGCUGCGUUUGCAUUAUUCCUCUCGUUCGCGACGGUCUCAAACUAUAUAAGGAUCGGUUUGUCUCGUCGUUGCCGGUCUCUCGCCGUGCAAGCGCUGUUUUCACGCGUCCUGUGUUCACCGCCGUUGCUUUUUAUUUGUGUGCUAAAAAACACAAGCUGAAAGUAGACAAACUUAAGUUAAUCGAGCUCUGCGGUACAUCUGAAUCUGAGUUUUCUAGUGUUUAUGUUACAAUGAAGGAUUUGUGCCAUGAUGUUUUUGGGGUGGCAAAGGAAAAGAAGGAUCCUAAGGAACUGCAGUCUAAUCGAGACUUGCUUGAUGUUUUGCCAAGUAAAAGGAAAGCUGAAGAAGGUGGUUCAUCCGAUGAUGGUGCAGAGCUUUCAAGUUAUAAAAAAGCCAAAAAAAUGGGAAAACGUGAUUACGAGAAGUGGAAAUCUUCUGUUCUUGCAUCCAAUCGUCAAAAAAAGACGAAAGCGCCUUGCAAGCGAACUAAACAGACUCGUCUCAACUUUAUCAAGGAAUCUCCCGAUACUAAGGAGUUGGAGGCCAUGUGAGAUGGUAUUGUUAUGUUUUACGAUGAAAGAUGAUUUAGGUGGAAGUUCAGCACAGUAUGAAAAAAAAGGAUGAAGAAAGAUGACAUUAACUGAUAUAGAUGAAGGAUGUCCUUUGUGGAAUUUCCAAAGCAUUAGUUUAUAGCAAGAGCUAUGUACAGACUGGCAUCCCCUUUGUUUAAUUUAUUGGUAUUUGGCUUCAAAAAGGGUCAUGAAUACAAUUACAUACGCCAAGAUAGUUCGUGCAUAUGUACAUUUUUAUUCGUAUAUAUUGAGCACUUUUUACUUGACAUAA